AUGGCUUGGGCAUCCAAGGGCCAAGUAUACACUUCGUUCGCUAAACGAGCAGCGGGGUCUGUGGGCGCGCAGCCUAGCAAGCAGUCCGACAACUCGAUCGACUGCUUUAGAAAAGUCAUUCGUAACGAGGGUUUCAAGGGUCUCUACUCGACCUGGCUGCCCGUCGUGGCAGCAACACAAUACACCAGCGGCGGCAGGGACUCUAGUAGUGCCAAGAACGUGAGAGACAUCACCGGCUCCUUAAACGCGGUGCUCUGGACUUCCUUUGUCAUGAUGGCCUACAUCUACAUUGACGCUGCGAGGAGAGAGGCAACUUCUUGCGGUAACCUGACUUUUACCGUCGGCAUUCCGCUUCGACAAAGACGAGGCAUGUGCUCGCUAUAA